GUUUAAAUAAAGAUUUAGAUGUUUUUUGUAUGUGCGUUCCAAACUGUGCUAGAGCCAUGACGUGGCGCUAGGCAUGCCGGGGGUUGUAGUCCAGUGGUACAGAAAGCCUUGAGUCAUCGGAUCUCUCACGUGAGUGCCUUGAGGGUGUCGGGGACUCGUAGAUUUGGUCACCUGGGUAACUUAAUGUGGUUGUGUCACAUGGUGGUUUGAAGUGUUGUGUUAGCAGUGCAGAUUUACUAACCUGCGAUGUAUGGGUUAUUUACAUAAAGACAUAUUCCUGUUAGUACGAGGGACAGGCACUGCUGGGGGUUUUAACCCGCAUGUGAAACGAAUUAUGGCACAAGCGGAAGGGGAGAGCUAAAUAGUACAGGGAGUGCACAAGAAGAGGGAAACAAAUCCCAGGACCAGACCUGGGACCAGCUCCUCCCUCAACCAUAUGUGAAAUAAAUCAGAAUUGUUAUUAAAUUGGGCAUGGGUCACUGAAACCCUAACACUGGCAAUAGGAUUGGUGGCACAGGUGGCAUUAUUCCAAAACACAAUGACAUGGGACAGGUACAGGGUGAAUACAAAUUGUGUAGUUGUAUGGCUUGGAGCAACAGGUAUUUGCUGUGAACCUGUUUUACAUUUGUAAUGUAAAUAUCAGAGGAUAGGAGGGUAAUCCUAAAGAGGUCAUGUUACCAGGGCUGACAUCAGAAAUGUCAGGGCCCCUUAAAAAAUAUUGUCUGUGCCUCCUCACCUAGAUACACAAACUCUCAUACACACACUCUUUCAGAAUACACAUCAAAUACACAAUGUCAUUCACACACAGUUGGACAUGUACACGCAGCUAAACACACUCUCAUACACUAUCAGACACAGAGCCAGAGACUCAUGCACACUUUGUCAAGCAAACACAUACAGACAUUGGUACAUACACACUCACACCCAAUAGAUACACAUACUCUGUCAAACACACACACACACACACACACAUAGUCAGACACUGACAAAUCCAGUUUCCCAACCUCUUCCUUCCACAGCAACCAAUAAAUAUUUCCUGCCCCUACCCUUUACUCUCCCCAUGCAGUCCUACCUAAGAUGCCCCCAUGCACUCCUACCUAAGAUGCCAUGUAUAGUAAAUCAAAUUCCCCCAUUGCAGCAUAUUUGAGAUGCAGAGGGUGUCAAUAUACCAUGCCUUAUCCCCUGCUGCUCUACACAUUAUCUUACGUGUGAUCCUCAGCUGCCAGUUAGAGCAGCUCUAUGGUGACACUGGGAGCAAGUCACAUGUAUAUCACUUCCUCCAGAGCUUCCGCCUGGGAGAGAGCUGUGUAGACUCCCUUUGAAAAAGAGCUUACUCUGAAGCUACUAGCCAAUACAUUCCGAUUCAGGGAGAUAUAUCAAUCUCCCCAAUUUGACCAAUAAGUGCUAUAGGGCCAUAUGCGUGCCCCUGAGAUGGACCAGGCCCCUUCCAAGUGUCCUGCCUGUUCUGACUGGUUUUGAAUUUAAUUUAAAUCAUAAGACAGAGCAAAGAAAGACGUGAUCAGAAGACGUGAUUCUGUGUGCUUGUGAAUAUAGGAGUAUGAGGAUGAGUGCACUAGUGAUGCAGCUUCUGGUGGCCUCAUCUGCCAAUAGGUGAAGGUGGAGUGUUUGCUGGAACGUAGAAGCGCAGAGGAAGGAGAGGUUCAGAUUAGAUCUCCCCUCCAUCUCUUUCCUGCAAAAGAACAAUGCUGUUUUAAAGUAGGUGCAAACCUACAAAGUAUAUAAACCUAAUUUGCAACAUUAUUUAAACAUUAAAAUGGCACUUUAUGGACUACAGCUUUUUGUAGUGGUUAGGUGGUAGAUAACCCUGGUGCUGCCCUCUGCUUUAAUAUCAAACCAUAUACGAAUAGCUUGAUGUAGAGCAGAAUGAUCACUUCCAUUUUGAACAAAUUGAUAAUGCUAUAGUAACACAUCCUCCAUAUUAAUAAUGACAAUUUUGUCCAACGUGGUCUAUGGUGAUUGGCUAAACCGCACCCACUACAUUCAGCCAAUUACUGCCAUCCAGGUUGGAAGAAACUGACAUUGACAAUGUCCAAGUCUUAAUUCCAAAUUAUCAAUGAAGCCAAAGAUGGCGGCAGCAUCAGGAAGAGUCUUGGUUUGUAAACUAUUUCUAAAAAUUUUUUGGUAGUAAACCAAAAGACAACCCAGGGGACUCUAUGCAGCAUAACAAAGACAGCACACUGUAGUGGUUAGGUGCUCAGAGUUUUAACAUAAAGGACCACCAUAGUGCCAGGAAAACAAACUUGUUUUCACAGUGAGAAGUGCGGAAGCGCCUCUAGCAGCUGUCAAUGAGACAGCCACUAGAGGCUGGAUUAACCCUAAUGUAAACAUAGCAGUUUCUCUGAAACUGCUAUGUUUACAGCUGCAAGGUUAACCCUAGAUGGACCUGGCACCCAGACCACUUCAUUGAGCUGAAGUGGUCUGGGUGCCUAUAGUGGUCCUUUAAAAAUUUGAAACCUUUGCACGUUGACCCAGAACAUUUUUCUUUUUUUCCUGAGAUGGAGACUAUGCCUAUUCUAAGAUGCAACCCAGCUCCAUUUGAUAAUCUUCAAUCUGGCCAUUCACCACUAUACUUGAAAGCUCUUCCAUAAGGGUCUGCCUUCAGGAAACUGACAUUAAGAUUGGAGUAAAAAAUCGCUUAACGGGACAUUCCACUGCACAAAUACAAAAAAAUACUACUUGGUAGUUAUACCCCAACGAAAACAUGCAUGCAUUUAAUGAUGCAUAUUUUUUUUCCAUUUGGGGUAUAUCUAAAAACAAUUUGCAAAUGCUGCAGAUCUUGUCUGCGGCCCUUACAAGCCCUCCCCUUCUUUCCUAGGCCAGACUUUAUGUGGCUGUCCAAUCAAAGACUUCCCAAUGCAGCUCAAUGAGAAGUCUUUGCAAGUUAGGUACUCUGAGCAAUUGCUGCCUCCUGAGUCUAACCCUGUGAAAUUUAACAAACCAGCAAGUAACAGGAUCAGUUGUUUGAUUGACAUCCAGGGGGAUGUAACCAGGUUAAUUAUAAAAGUGCCAGUUUCUAUUGAAAUGUGCACUUUUAGUAAAAUGACAAAAGAGUACACACAUAAAGUACUUCUGCAAACUAAAAAGCUUUUGAUGUUCGUAGUAGUCCUUGAAGAAUUUAAAGGACCACUAUAGGCACCCAGACCACUUCAGCUCAAUGAAGUGGUCUGAGUGCCAGGUCCCCCUAGUUUUAACCCUGCAGCUGUAAACAUAGCAGUUUCCGAGAAACUGCUAUGUUUACACUGAGGGUUAAUCCAGCCUCUAGUGGCUUUCUCCCUGACAGCCACUAGAGGCUGCUUCCGCGAUCCUUAAUUUGAAAAUCGCAUCAGGGACACGCUGACGGCCAUAGGAAAGCAUUGGGUAAUGCUUUCCUAUGGGCGGUUUGAAUGUGCAUGGCUCUGGCCGAGCAUGCCCAGUUUGGGCUGACGUCGGCAGGGGGAGGAGAGGUCACCAGUGCCGAGGGAGCCUGGCACUGGAUUAAGGUAAGUGGGGGACACACACACCUAAUAACCCUAUAGUGCCAGGAAACUGAGUUUGUUUUCCUGGCACUAUAGUGCUGUUUUAAGGCAUGUAUCACCCCCCUCCCCCAGUCCCUUAGUUCUUCUUGUUGUCCUUGUCUCAUUACUAACUCAACACUUUCUGUUCCCUGUAUAGUCCUCUGUUGAGUUUGGGCUCUUUCUUUCAGUUUAUUUUGUCGUUUGAACGCCUUUCCCCUUACUUUUUACCCUCCAUAUAUUGUUAGCAAAUUCAUCUCUUUUGCCACUAUUGGAUACACUAAGCACUAAGUGCCUCUUCAUUUUGACAGUGUUGGUACGCUGACCUGCCGUAGCCCUUGUACUGUAAAGUCAAUACACGCAGGCUGUAAAGGUGAGUAGAUGAUAAACAUAACAUUAUUCAUGGGAAAACAGGAGAGAAACAAACAAAAAAUAUAUUGUUGUAUGGUCCCCCUGCUAGAUAGAGUGAGUAGGGAAAUAUGUAUUAAAUAUUGCUGAGACUGGGUUGGGGUACACCAAUUUAAAAUAAAUAAGUUUCGUGACAAGAUGGAUUCUCCGAAUAAGUGCUUAACCCCAAUGUUAUAUAAACAGAGAAAAGUGUCCCUACAAAUGGGGACCACAAAAAAGGUUACCCACUUUGAACUGAAUAUAAUCUAAGUAAAUAAUUUCUCCAAGCGUAGGUGGUUAAAGAUAAAAAAUCACCUUUAUUUAAUAAACCUUAAAUAUUAAACGUUGUGCAGACAUAUACAGGGAGAGACCAUAUUUUAAAAGAUAUAUACUACCACCUACAAACUCCUAAUACAAUUUGUUAUGGGGAAAUUUCUUUAUUUUAUGCUAGGAUGUAUGAAGUGGUAUAUCACCUAAAUAUCUACCAUGACAGGGAACACUUACCUAACCUGAGAAAUGAAGAGUACCGUAUAUACUCAUGUAUAAGUCGAGUGCAGUUUUGUGACCAACAAUUGUGAAAUAUGCUAUGCCUCGUGGAUAAGUCGAGGGUAAAACUUGAGGCUAUGAAAUUCUGUGAUUUUUAUAAUUAUAUAUACACACACUCUGCAUUAUAUAUACACACACACUCAUACAAACACACAUUCUGCAUUAUAUACACACACUCAUACAAACACACAUUCUGCAUUAUAUACACACACUCUUACAAACACACACUGCAUUAUAUACACACACUCUGUGUAUAUAAUGAAGAGUUUGUGUAGUGUGUGUGUGAACUGGGUGGGGGGAGGGCAUUUUUAUUAUUUUAAUUUUAAUAUUUUUUUUUAUUAUUUUAAUUUUUUUUUUGUCCCCCCUCCCUGCUUGUUAACCGAUCAGGGAGGGGGGCUAUCUUAAUCCCUGGUGGUCCAGUGGCAUGGGCUGUGAAGUGUGGGGCCGGCAGGAAGCAUUUACUUACCUUUCCUGCAGCUCCUGUCAGCUCCCUUCUCCUCCGUUCCGGUCAGCUCCACUGUAAGUCUCGCGGUCUGGUUGCCGCGCGGAUUGUUGCCACGGCUCUGACGGCCGCGGCUCUCUAAGUUGCCAUAAUACAGACAGUGACUCGAGUAUAAGUUGAAUGGGGGUUUUUAAGCACAAAAAUUGUGCUGAAAAACUAGACUUAUACUCGAGUAUAUACUGUAAGUAGAAACUAAAAGGGACACUAUAGUCACCAAAACAAUUUUAGCUUAAUGAUAAAGUGUUUGUGUAUAGAUUAUGCCCCUGCAGUCUCACUGCUCAGUUCACUGCCAUUUAGGAAUUAAAUCACUUUUGUUUCUGUUUAUGCAGCCCUAGCCUCACCUCCCUAGCUGUGACUCACACAGCCUGCAUUAAAAAAAGAUGGUUUCAUUUUCAAUGAGAUGUUAACUUGUUUUUGAAACUUGUAUCUCCUGCUCUGUAAAUUGAACUUUAAAGGACCACUAUAGGCACCCAGACCACUUCAGCUUAAUGAGGUGGUCUGGGUGCCUGGUCCAUCUAGGGUUAACCCUUUUUUCUAUAAACAUAGCAGUUUCAGAGAAGUGUGACUAGGGUGCAUAAACAAAGUGUUUUAACUCCUAAAUGGCAGAGAAUUGAGCAGUGAGACUACAUGGGCAUGAUCUAUACACCAAUACUGCUUCAUUAAGUUUAAGUUGUUUUGGUAACUUUAGUGUCCCUUUAAUUGCCAAAAUUUCCUACAAAAAAAGAUAAAGGCCCAAUAAGGCUUACUAAAUUAUUGAGCUACACUAUAUACAACGCAUUAAUUUGUAUAUAGUAGAGCUCAAUAAUUUAGUAAGCUUUAUUGGGCCUUUAUCUUUUUUUGUAGCGAUAAUUGGCAAUUAAGUUUCUAGGUUUGUAGGUGGUAAUAUAUAUCUUGUAAAAUAUGGUCUCUCCCUGUAUAUGUCUACACAAGGUUUAAUAUUUUGGGUUUAUUAAACAAAGGUGAUUUUUUUAUGUUUAACUUCCACUAGUUUGACCUUGCUUUCAAUUUUUCCAAUUUGACUGUUCGCCUGUGUUCAAUUGGUCGAAUUCACCUGUUCGCUUCACUUCAUGAAACGCAAGGAAAACAAUGAAAUUGACCAAUCGAACACAGGUGAAUAGGCCUACGUAGGCUGCCAGGUGGCCUAUUAAAUGUAAUCAGUUUUAAUGUCCUGGCAAGAUUUAAUUAAAAUCUUCAGAUCUGUCCCUGAAUGGAGAAAUGAUGUCCAGUACAUAUAAAGUAAUAUGUGUUGUUUUUCAGCAAAAUCAAAUACGUGGAACCAGGCUAUUGUUGACAUCAGUUUUUGACGCAUUAGAAAUGUUGAUAUAUAAUUGCUGGUAAGAAAGAACUCUCUGUCUCGUCUGGUUGGGCGAAUGACUUUACUCCAGUCUUCAAAAAUUACUUCUUGACUGUGACAUUUUUAAAUUGCAUUUUGGUAUCACUAGUGAGUAAACUAUAUUCAUGUCAUCCUAUCAGGAUGAGUGUGCAAGAGUCCUCAUCAGAUAUUAUCUGGGGGCUCUAAACCAAGUUGGGAGUUUAUGGGGAGCAGGUAAAAUAAGGGAGAUGAUAUUUGAAAUUGGAAUUUGGAGCAUAUCAAACCUUUUCACUUAAUUGUUUUGUCAUGACUCUUCAAGAGCUGAUGCUGGCUUCAUCUCGACGGGUCAUCCAAGCCCUUCACAUCACUCCUCAUUUGGUCAUCAGAAGGAACAUCUCUCAUCAGGGACCGCUCAAGAUGAGACUGAUCCAGUUUCAGAACUCAGGUGCCCGGAAGAUUGGGCUAGAGCUGGGAUCUGGAGGAAACAUUGUUGACUUAAAUGCCUUUGAUUCUUCACUUCCGUGUAGCAUGAAAGAGUUCCUAGAGGCUGGAGACACUGCCUUUCAGAAAGCAAAAAGGUACAAUGGCAUGAUAACUAACCACUUCCAAUCCCCAAAAAUAGUCUAUAGCUACUGGAUACAUUUUUGGUAACCGUAAUGGAGAGCUUUGCGGUAUUGCCAUCUGGUGCCAAAAUGGUUACCUUGAUGAUCUAUUUUCUACAACAGACAUGCACCAAAUGGAAUUUAAAGAGAAAUUGUCAUGUCUGAUAUUGUUUUAAAUCUAAUAGUGAAAACAAACCAUUAGAAUCCUAAGAUGACUUUAGUGCAGGCUUGUUAACAUGUGUAUGUUCGUAUUGCAUCAUGAGAAAUUGGACAAUAGUAUAUGCACUCUAACAGGCUUUUGUGAGAAUGGUAAGUACAUGUGCAAUUCAUCAUAGGAGCAUACCAGUAAUAGUACCUAGUACUAAGCAUUGUGUGUUUGGGGGUGUUUUUGUUGUUUUUUACACACCUCCUCUGUACAUGUCACUUUAGUAAAUGCAUAAAUAAUAUUUAAGUAAAAGGUGACCAUUCCUCUUUAACAUGGCAUACAUGUAAUUCAUUUUCUACAUAAAAAGUAAAAGUGUAACAAAUAAAUAAUAUUUGUAACAAAAAAUUGCAGUUACACUUUUAUUUGUAAAACUCUCCAAAAUGCAAAUUAGCAGGUCAGUUCAUGGCCAAAUUUAUUGAAUGGUGCUAUCCUUUCCAAAGGUAAGCUGUAUCUUGUCUAUAUAUCAACUUUAAUAAACAUAACACAAUAGAUCACUGCAUGACUAAAUUAGUAUUAUUAAUGCACUGAUUAUAUUUGCAAUCAGCAUGUAGUCCAGUCCGCUAAGUAAAUGUAUAAAUUUAUAAUUUAUUAAAUUAUAAAUAAACAAAAUGAUUAGCCACAUUUACAAGCAUGGUAACCAUAUUUCAAAUAGAGAGAAUAUGAGAACUCUGAGAAUGGCCAAAAUCUUAGAGAAACUCUGUAGCUUGCUCACUUGUGCCAUUACAGGGAACAUACACCAUUUGCAUAUCAGACUGAUCACACCCAUAAGGGCAGUCCAUAGCCAAAAUUCCAACAAAUUCCCCUUGUACGAGAGAUACAGCAACCCCAGACGAUCUUUUUGGCCUUUUGUGAGCCUCAUCAGGAAGGUGUAGCUGUGCCCCUCUAGGCACAGUGCGCACUGCGCCCAUGUCUGGAUUAUCCUUUUAACUUAGAGAAAGCUGAAACAAAUGCAUGCAGGCAAAUGUGAGUUCUACUUCCUGGAACCUGUCCCUUGUGGGUGCCGCCAUCUUGUUUCAGCGGAAACACCAGGAGCCGACUUCACUGCUGUACUCUCAUGCAUGCGCAAGAGUACAGUACGGAGGUCUAUGGAGGAUCUUGUGAAACCGCAGGAGCCUCCAUAGAUAAAACCAAUUCCCUGCAGCUGGGGGGCGGGGGAUGGGGGAAUUGAUACGUCUAGAUGGCCGUAACUUCGCCCAGUGUCUAGAAGUGUCAGCUUUAGAAAAUAUGCAGAGACUCUCGUAUAUCUCUUGACUGGGUUGGAAUUUCAGUGACAUUCCAACACAGUCAAUAUGAGUAUUUCAUAAAGAUCUUUAUGAAAUACUCAUUUUCAGGGAAGGGUGACAGCUGUUUUAAGAAAAUGAACAUUGUGGUCCAUAGAGAACUAGAUGUUGUUAUAUCUCUGUAAAGAAAUCACUUCUCCCAAAUAAACUUUGAUCACUAUACAUAGAGCCUCUUGUUCUCCAGGGCGCUUGAAUCUGGACAGCAUAUCCUGAAUCGGUCUCAGGUGUCAUUCCUGCCUCCCAUUACCAACCCAGAGAAGAUAAUGUGUGUUGGGAUGAACUAUGUGGAUCACUGCCUGGAGCAGAAUGUCCCCGUUCCCAAAGAACCAAUCAUAUUUAGCAAGUUCCCUAGCUCCAUUGUGGGUCCAUUUGACCCAAUAAUUCUUCCAAAAGAAAGCAAGGUAAAUACAGUUAUGGUCUGUGAAUGCACAAUAAGUUAGUGGAUAGGUAAAACUGGAAAUAAUUGGUGGAAUGGAAUAAAUAUUAAAGGGAGAAAGAGGGAUAAAAGAGGGUGAUGGUGAAGAGGAAAGAUAGAACGUUAACUAGAAGUGUUUCUAAAGCAUCAUAUAAAAUAGGCACAGUUUAUAUUGUGCGUAUUAUUAAGUUCUUUCUUUGAAGUGAAAAAUUAUUUCAGCGGUGCGUAGCUUUAAGUACACAACCAGACGGUAGACAAUGGAGAUCUUUACAUUUCAAAAACUGUGUGUUUACAAUGUCAUAUUUAGAGGGGGGAUGGAAAGGAGAACAAAGCAGAGUAAGUGCUGAUUAAAGCAUAUUGCAUUUAGAAGUGUGUGUAUAAUGUAUGCAGUUAUCUCCUAAAUACACUAUGGGAUAGCAUUUCACGAUGUGAACUUUUUCCAGUGAUGUUUCAUUUGCAAUAUGAUAAAUGGGCUCCCUAUAAUAAAAUAUUAGUCCUCUUACCCUCUCUUUUUGCACUUCCUUAAAUCACCCCAACAUUGUAACUUAGUCAGCUGUCUGCUGUUCCCAAAUUUAUGUGCGCUAUUUCCCAGAUCUGGUCACUUGAAGCUCGCUGUGUAUAUUCUUUUGUGAAGGUGCCUCUUACAAAGAAAUCUUGAUAAUUGACUGCCACGUCCGGUAGUAUCUCUGUUAUUUUUCGAGUGAUUGCUAUGAGCACUGUUUUGCCUUUGGUACUGCAAUUGUGCAUAAGGGGCAAAGGUCGGCCUCAGUUGCUGCAUUGCCAGUAGUUAGCUAUCAAUGUCCUACUCACCAAGACAGAUUUUACUUUUACUAGAGCAUUUCUGUCGACUUGGUUUUAUGCACACGCCUUGUGAAACAGGGAUUUUCCUAGCAUCCUUCAUUGUCUGUCUCACUCUCUAAGAUAUAUGCUUUUCAACAGACAGUGGAUAAUGAUACUCUAGCAAAGUGGAUUUCUUUGUUGCUAAGUACAGGGAUUGUCUGAACGUCAUGUAAGUAAACAGUAAUUUCAAGAGCUGAGAUACUCAUCAGUGUCUGAAAAUGAAAUAGCAGCUCUGUGGUGUAAUUUAGAAGAUUAACCACUAGAUGGCACUUUUAGCCUGUGUGUUAUAAUGUUCUAGUAGUCUCAUCUUCUAGCUUUGUUUUUUGGAUGCGCCUCUGACAACUGGUUCUGUUUAUAAUUCAGGAAGUGGAUUGGGAGGUCGAACUCGCCUUUGUAAUUGGAAAGGAAGGGAAAGACAUAAAGGUAAAAUCAAAAUCCAGUUCAGUGUCUAAAUUACGCAGAGAAGCUAUCAUCCUAAGCUGUAAGUAAUGUCCUGUUUAUCUGUUCUUGAAUCACAUUACAUUUUAAGGGACACUAUAGGCGCUCAAACAACUUCAUGUCAGUGUCGUACCCCACUCAUUUUACCCCUGCAGUGUAAAACAUUUCUAAUCUGCAAGAACGGUAAUGUUUAUAUUGCAGGGUUAAAAAAGCUUCUGACAAAAUAGCCCAAUAAACCUCAGCUAUUUCAAUCAGAUGGUCUCAUAAAAAUAUAUCAUAGAGGUAUAUGUGUAUUCCUAAGGCUAUAGUGUUCCUUUAUGACUUUUGUUACAAGGUCAUCAUGGCACGUAUCGCCAUGCAUGAUAUACACCUGCUAACAUCCACGUUUGCAGUUGACAUUUGUCUUUGUGCAGGAGGAAGAUGGGAUGGAUUAUGUGGCGGGAUUUACUGUCGCUCAUGAUGUUACUGGCCGGGACUGGCAAAAUAGAAAUGGGAAUCAGUGGUUGCUGAGUAAAACAUUUGACACCUUCUGCCCAAUUGGGCCGGCUUUAGUAACCAAGGACUCUAUUUCAGGUACAGCAAUUUACGUUUGUGUAACAGGAACGAAUAUGAGACACUCACCCAUGCACAGCACAGUCACAGUGGCUAAAGUUAACAAUGAAAGCUGCGCUGCAUGUGCUAUUUUAACGUUCUCUGCCUGGAACAUCCAUAUAUAACAUGUCUUCUAAAUAUCUAUGCCUGGCAGAGAAGCCGGAUGGGCUGUUGAUAUUCUGCUGACCUAUGUCUGUUGAUCUAUAGGUGUCUGGAACGGAUUUCUAAACUUCUUUAAAGAGAGACACUAGGCAGCAGUCAAGUGGUUACAGGAGGAAGACAACAGAGAUCACUUACAGAUAACAAAACAUGUCCAUACAUCAAGGGACCUAUUGCGUAGAUUUUCGCUAACUCCUGAAAACAAACUAUAAUAGCUUACUAGUGAAUAAACACAUCAAUGUUUUUACCAAUCUUAUUAAAGGAACAUGCAUCACUUGACAAUUAUUUUUUUAAAUGAGCAAUCAAAAACUUUUAAGCAUAUAUACAAACCAAAAAAAAGCAAAAACACUUUAAAAGUAUGUAGUAAAUGUUUAUAAACUUACUAUAAACUUGGUCAGAUUGCAUUAUUGGACAUGCCUCUCAGCUAGGAGAGUUUCUUCAGCUAAAGCUUUUGAAUGAGACAGUUGUCUCAAAGUGAUGCAUGGCACUUUAAAGAUGUGCAUUUAGCUAGGCUGGAUAUUUGUUAGCUGAAAUAGAGGCAUGGUUCAGAGAUAUAAACCACUUGAGUUGACCCAUGUUUCCCCAUUCGGCCCUCAGACCCACAUUGUCUUGGGAUCCGCUGCCGUGUGAAUGGAAACCUUGUGCAGGACAGUAACACAAACCAGAUGGUCUUCAAAACAGGAGCUCUGAUUGCUUGGGUCUCCAAGUAAGUCCAUUAUCCUAACAAGCUCCAAGGCAAGAGAGUGACUACACAUAAAUCAACAGGAGAGAGGAAAUGUAUUGGUACAGUCAGUGACCGCAGUAUUACAACAGCUGUUCUUAAUAAUAGGACUCUGAGUGUUUCCAUUCUCCUCAAGCAAUGAGAGGUCAUGUACUAACCCUGCAUAGUUGAACUGGUUGUAAGUUGCAUUUCUAAAUGAUCAGUGUUUAUAUGACAAACCUUGAUGCCUACAUUGUCUCAGUAAUCUUUAUGGUUUGAUAAUAUCAGUGUGUGAUUAAUCUGUUCCAGGUUCUGAGUAACAACAAUUAACAACAAGUGAUUAAUCUCUAGUGUUUGUCAUUGUUUAUCUCUUGCUGUCAGUGCCUGUGGUAUGUGAGUAUCUGCUCUUUGCAAGGGUUUUACAGGUUUUUACUGUUUGGACAACUUGUGCUAUAUUUGGUUCAGCAUUUAAACAGUAUGUAUGAGUCUUAAUAUAUUUAUUGUGAUCAGCCUGUGUUAGUCUUUCUUUACAUUCAGUGUGUGAUCAGCCUGUGUUAGUCUUUCUUUACAUUCAGUGUGUGAUCAGCCUGCCUUAGUCUUCCAAUACGUUGGUGUGUGAUCACUUUGGACAAUGAGUGUUUGUUCAGCCUGCAUGAGUCCUUCUGUACAUUUAGUGUAUGAUCAGCAAAUGUGAGUCUUGCUACACAUUUACAUUUGUUUCAGCGUGUGAUCAGUUUGUGAAUAUGUGUGUGAUGAACCAAUGUUAGUCUUUUCAUACAGUCAGUGUGUGAUCAGCUUGUGUGUUUCUCUAAGUACAUGUAGUGUGUGAUCAGCCUGUGUGAGUCUUGCCAUAUGUUCAUUAUGUAAUCAGCCUAUGUGAAUCUCUUAGUACAUUCAUCAUUCACUAAACUCCAAAUUGCAGCGAAUUGAAACGCAAAUUCUAAAUGUAAACAAUAGCCGAUUUAAAAAAAUUCUCCAGGUCAGCUGUAAUUAUUCUUAGGCAUUUUACCAUUUCAUUCAACUUUCAAUACACUGCAAUUCAAAGUUUAGUCAAUAAACUGCUCUGUGUGAUCAUGCAAUAAGUCUCCCUAUACAUUUACUGUAUGAUCAGCCUGUGCUGUCUUGGAGAAAGUGAGUUAUGUUAUUAGUAUUGUGUGUGAAACUGUCAAUUCUGAUAAUACACUUUUGGGUUCCUGGGUUUUAUAGUUAACAGCCUGUCUUUACUUGCACCCUAUAAUGGGUUAAUGUCAGCCUGUCUGUUCUUUAUAGCCUGCAAUGGGCUUGCUAUUAUUAGCCUACAUGUGUGUUGCAGACUGCAAUGGCUAUUAGGGACCAGCCUGUACGUUGCAGUCUGUGAUGGGCUAUUAGUGACCUGCCUGUACAUUGCAGUCUAUGAUCGCUAUUAGUGGCCUGCCUGUACUUUGUAGUCUGUGAUGGGCUAUUAGUGGCCUGCAUGUACAUUGCAGUCUGUGAUGGUCUAUUAGUGGCCUGCCUGUACUUUGCAGUCUGUGAUGGGCUAUUAGUGGCCUGCCUGUACUUUGCAGUCUGUGAUGGGCUAUUAGUGGCCUGCAUGUACAUUGCAGUCUGUGAUGGACUAUUAGUUGCCUGCCUGUACUUUGCAGUCUGUGAUGGGCUAUUAGUGGCCUGCCGGCACCUUACAGUCUGUGAUGGCCAUUAGUGGCCUGCCUGUACUUUGCAGUCUGUGAUGGCUAUUAGUGGUCUGCAUGUACAUUGCAGUCUGUGAUGGACUAUUAGUUGCCUGCCUGUACUUUGCAGUCUGUGAUGGCUAUUAGUGGCCUGCCUGCACCUUGCAGUCUGUGAUGGGCUAUUAGUGGCCUGCCUGCACCUUACAGUCUGUGAUGGCCAUUAGCGGCCUGCCUGUACUUUGCAGUCUGUGAUGGCUAUUAGUGGCCUGCCUGUACUUUGUAGUCUGUGAUGGCUAUUAGUAGUCUUCCUGUACUUUGCAGUCUGUGAUGGACUAUUAGUGGCCUGCCUGUACUUUGCAGUCUGUGAUGGCUAUUAGUAGUCUUCCUGUACUUUGCAGUCUGUGAUGGACUAUUAGUGGCCUGCCUGUACUUUGCAGUCUGUGAUGGCUAUUAGUAGUCUUCCUGUACUUUGCAGUCUGUGAUGGCUAUUAGUAGUCUUCCUGUACUUUGCAGUCUGUGAUGGACUAUUAGUGACCUGCCUGUACUUUUGCAGUCUGUGAUGUCUAUUAGUUGCCUGCCUGUACUUUGCAGUCUGUGAUGACUAUUAGUGGUCCACCCUGUUCUUGCAGCACAUGAAGGGCUAAAGUUGGCCUCUUUACACAAGCACUAUCUAACUAAAUAGUGAAUUGGAACCAGUAAGCAUUUAUUACAUUAUUUCACCUGCACAUUUUUUCAAAUAUAUUUUCAUCCUGUGCUCCUCAGGUUUGUCACAUUGAAGCCUGGGGACCUUUUCCUCACAGGGACUCCUCCUGGUGUUGGUGUAUUCAGAAAGCCACCUGUUUUCCUUAAAGUAAGUUCCCAUGAUAUAGUAUCCUACGAGCCAGAUAAUAUUGUAUUAAUGCAUCUGUGUGUGUCUGUAAAGUUGGUCAGUCUAAUGGGGUGUCGCCUGUGAGAGUGCUGGUUAGUCACCUCUGAGCAUUAAUAGUGAAUAUAACAAAUCAGUUUAGCUAUUGAGUAUGCUACUAUUACUGACUUCACAGGGUUAUUCACUAGAGUGUGAAUUGCCUAGAAAUCAAAAGUGAAUUACAAAUUUUAGGUCAGAGUACUUGAAUUAAAAAUGUAGCUUCCACCCCCCCUCCCCCCCAAUUCUGUUGGCCUAAAUAAUGAAACUUUGAAUUCCUGAUAGAGUUUAGUGAAUAACCAAGUUAGUUAUUGCAUGUUCACUGAUUUAUGUCUACUAUCGUGUUUCUCCGAUGCUUGUAAUAUAAGCCUUACCCCGAAAAUAAGCCCUAGUUGCUAGUGUGCUAAUCUAUGUUCGGGGAAUUUUGAUUUGCGGGCUUUAAAUCGCAAUUAACCUUAUCUAUGUUCGGGGAUUCCAUGCUCUGUUGAACAGGUCUAUGUUCGGAGGAAUUCCACCAAACGUAGACCUGCUUUCUAGCGUAUGUUUGCUAUCAUUCCCUCCCCCCCCUGAAAAUAAGCCCUAGUGUGUUAUUCCAGGGGAAAACCUUAUUUUUGGGAAAACACUGUAUAUAUUUUUGCUUUUCAUUAAAAUAUCUUACAUUUUCCAAUCUGGGUACAUGUUCUCUCUUAAUGCUGGCUUGAAAGUAGACGUUUGUACUUUAUUCUAUUAGAAAUAGCUGGAAUUCAUGCCUGGAAGCCUAAAUCUGCCACAGAAAAGCUCCAGUUUAGCAAUUAGAACCACAAAUAAAAUGAUUUACAUGUGAAGGGUAUCAUCAGGAUAUUCCAAACCUUAGAAGGAACACACCACUGAAAAUGUAUUUAUUGUUGUGAUAAUUUAGUAGAUAUACCCCCAAAGUGGUAAAGUGGUUUGAAGGAAAAAAAAAACCUCUUAUAAAAGCUGCAGACCUGCAGCCUUUGCAAGUCCUCCACAGGUUUCUUAGGCACAGACUCUCAGGCUACAUCAAGGAAUCCUCCAGUUAGAAGCUUCUCAUUGAGAAGCUCACACGUAUGCCAUCCCAGCUUUCAUAUGCUUCUCAAUGAGCUAUAAUAAAAGCUGGUGUCGCUAGAAUAGGAGGUGAGACAUUUUAUAUUAAACACAUUAUACCAUAAAGGAAACUUUUUCAGGUAACGUGUAGGGAGGUGUGUCCCAGCGAGUGGUUUGGGAGACAUAAACAAAGUGGUUUAACGCCUACAUGGCUGAGAAUUGAGCAGUGAGACUCUAAAACGCAUUGUUACCGUUUCUUUCUCUCUCAGCUAAUACAGCUAAUACAGCUCCGUAUGACUGCUCCGUAAAAUUUGUUUAGAAAAAGGGGUUUGGUUUUUCAACACUACAUGAAUCAAAAUAAAUAAUCUUUAAAAAAAAAAAAAAUUAUCUAAGUAACACAACUACUUAAUAUUUAUUGGUUUUAUUUGUUGGUUUGUGGAGUUGCAACCACAAAUGGUUUGUUUGAGGCAGCGGGAAAGAAAUGGAAAAUCCAUUGAUUUUAUGUUCACUCAACCAAUUCUGUGGUAAUUGCCAAGCUUUAGACAAUAGUGGGAUAUUAUAUUUGAAAUGGUCAGAAUAUCCUUCAAUCCGCCAUUGUAACAUAGAAGAUAUAAAGGAAAAGACUACCCAACAUCCAAUGUUAUAAAUAAAUACACAAAAGAAACCAAGAGGGCUGCACUCAACUGAACAUGCAUACAUUAUAUGGCGCUGGUGGGGCCAAAAUAUACCAAAUACAGAAUCCAGCGCACUCGCUUAUUCACUAAACAAUGAAUUCAAAUCUUAGAGAUUGUAAUAGUUUUAUUUAAAAACACCUCACCUAGGCAAGAAAUAAUGGGGGUUUAGUUGCAUUAUAUGAUCACACAUUGCAUAAGCCUGCCACAACGUCAAUGUACCCCAUUCUUGGCAGGUAAAUGAAUAUAUAUACAUAUAUAUGUUUGUUUGUGUGUGUAUAAAUUUCCUUGGGGUCUUUAUUUAGCUCACAGGAUAUUCUGCCAUGUCAUUUGUAUGUUUUAAAAAUCCCUGAUUUGGUUGAACUUUGCCCCUCAGUGAAUAUAACAGAAUGAUGCGUCCACUGUACUUUCCUUGUCUAAGCCAUGCUAAUUUUAAAGAGCAGAGGAUUCCCUUUCUUGAUUGUUUUCAAACUUGACAGUAUCAAACCUUAAAGGGACACUGUAGUCACUAUAACCACAUUGUCUCUUUGAAUUGGUUAUAGUGCCUGGAGUGGCCUGGCACUGUCCCUCCAUUCAGUGUUGCCACAUGUUUGUGCAGUAUGCCACAAAAUAAGAGUCCCUGGCCACCCACAGUCCGGCCCCUCCUGUAUGUGUAGCUAAGGCAGAGAUUACACACUUCCUUGUUGUCAUACCCAUUCAUACCGUCAGUUGGAGCUCUGACAGGUUAAAAGCAGUCAGCUGACACUCUCAGCCAAUCACAGCUGCCCAUUGCUGCUCAGGGUAAUGCUUCCUUAUUAGCCAAAGCAGCACAGAGGGGAUGGACUGCCGUGGUCUCUUGUUUAACAUUAAAACAUUACAACAUUAAAAACUGUUUAAUGUCGAAAGAAAUGAUGGCACCAGGGGACUCCAUACACUAUAACCAGUUUAAUGAGAUGAAGCAGAUAAGUGCCUACGGGGUCCCUUCAACUGUAGGUUGUCAUGACACCUUGAAACUGGAUGUGCUGAAAACAAAUACUUAGUACUGGUAUGUGAUGCUGUAUUUGUACUACAUAUUGCUAGCGGUUCUCCAUAUUAUAGCAGCUAAAGGCACGCAGCACAGUGCUUAAAUUGUAGGGCAGACUGCUGGAUAACUCCUUCUUUGCCUCCACAUAGCAGCUGGUUUCUUCCAUAAAGCUAGUGCAAGUGUCUGGUGGUAAAUGUUAUACAGAGAUUCACACUCUGUGUCUGCUAGAUCAGGUAUUUAUGUUAACUAUUUGACUGGCAAGGAAGAUCAGGAAAGAACUCCCACAGCCAGUCCUUCUGCUCCGCCAAGCAUGGCAACCACAGUGCAUGCGCUGUGGUUGCUAUGGAAACUCUCUAUCCAACGAUGCUGCACUGGAGUAUAAGAACAAAAAUUCUGAUGUCACGUCGUUCAGACGCUGGCAUGCUGGCAAUGAAGGUUAGACAAAGCAACACCCUGAAGGUGGCGGUACUUGAAAGGUGAGUAGUAUAUCUUGAUAUUUUUCAUUAAUACAUGAUGUAUUUUUGUGAUAUACGCAGGGCCGGUGCAAGGAUUUUUGCCACCCAAUUCACUCCACAGUGGUCCUGUAGGUAUAACCCGACAAGAUAAAACAUUCCCUUACCUUGAAGGGUUAAACAUGCCUCUAGUAGAUGUCACACGGACAGCCACUAGAGGCAACUCCGCUGUUGGAAGUGCAUAGAGGUUGCCACUUAUGCACAUCAGGUCCCCAAUGCUCCUGUAUGAGGAACAUUGGAUUGGACCAGUGUUGUCCCAUCAGUGACAUUAAAAGUGAGGUAAGGAGGCAAGCAGUCAGAGGGAGUCUUGGUGCUUAAAAAAUGCAAAUAAAAGUUAUUCCCCCCACCCCCCUCUUAAUUUUUUUAAUAAUUUUACGGUGGGGGGGUGAAUCUAAGUAGGGACAGAUACACUAUAGUAUUUGGAAUACAGGUUUAUAUUCCUAACACUAUAGUUUUCUUUUAAAAGUAUUGAUUUUUUUUAUUUUAUUUUUAAGGAAAAUGGUUCUUUCUGCCCAAAUGCAAUCACUGAUAGAUACAUACAUGCAUGCACACACUCACACUCAAUGGUCCACACAAUCACAAUUAGUGACCAAUGCACACACACCUUUACUGACUCAUGCAGAGUGACAAACACACACACUGACUCAGACAUCAAAUGACUUGUGUUGGCUGACACACACAUCUAUGUAAGUGCUCUCUAGCACCCGGUGGCAUGCAAUACAGAAUUAGUUCCUCGUAGAGGGUCCAAGACUAGCAUUAGAGCUGCUGCCGGCGCCCACUCUUGAUCAGCGCCUUAGGCGGCCGCCUACUAUAGGGAGCGCUGGCCCUGCUUACAGCUCCGUAUAUUGUAUUACCAUAACAUACUUACUGCUCCAUAUAAUGUAUUACUAUAACCUCAUUUACUACUCCAUAUAAUGUAUCACUAUAUACAAUGUAUUUAAUGUAUACGAGGGCAGGUUUAUUUUAAAGGUACUAGGUGUCACAUGGAUGUAGUGUGGGUGAGUGAUGGGUGAACAUCGGCCUCUAUAAGUUACAGGGAAGAUCCAAUGCGUACUGAGUAUGUGAAAAGGGACAUCUAAGCUUUUUACCAAUAAUGUGGGAAAAAUUGACUUACACAUACCAAUAUGAAGGAGAAUGAGAAUGGCCUUUCAAAGCCUUUAAUGUGCAAGUACACUAUAUUUUUGUUCAGUCAAAAGUUUACAAGUAAACACUGGUUGGCUGUGCUUCCUCACAUUCUAGCUAGGAUCUGGAUUCAUGAGAUACUUUAAUCUGAGAGGAGCACUCUGUAUUUUACACUUUAUUGGAGCUACUUCAAUCCAGCUGGCAUAGUGGUCUUUUAAAUGUUCAUUAGUCCUUUGUUGAAGAGGAUGCCUGAAACCAGACUACUUUUACAAAGUCCCAAUGUAGCAUGCACUGUUUAUAUUUGCAUAAUAAAAUGUCAAAGCAACAUAUUGAGGAUUUAAGCAUUAAAUACAAACAUGUAUUCCUGACCCUAUAGUAUUAACAACACUAUCUAGCUCCCCCCCACCCCUGCCUUCUAGAAUAUUACCUUUAUUCUAGUCUGCUGGUACUGCCCCUGAUCUGAAUCCUUGGGUGACAUCACAUCGAAAAGCAUUGGAUUGGCUGAGAUUGUCAAUUCGGAUCAUCUCAGGCAAGAAAGCAGGCUGGGUGCGGAGUUAAAUGCCGCCAUCGCGAUUCAGCAUCUCCUCAUAGAGAUGCAUUGAAUUAAUGCAUCUCAAUGUGGAAAGCUUAGUAUCUCCACGCAGACACUAAAUGUCACCUAUACUAGCCAUCUCAAAAGAGUGUUUACUGCAAAAAACCUGCAGGGUUGACUAUACUCACCAGAACAACUACAUUAAGCUGUAGUUGUUCUGGUGACUAGAGAGUACCUUUAUAUUUUCCAGGCCCAGUAGCUACUACACAUCAAUGCAACAUGACCUGUUUCAAAAUUACUUCUAGGUACAUCUGCUAGUGUUCCAAAGACAAUAGUAGUGUCCUCAUCUCAGCUUGACAUUCAAACUGAAACCCACAUCCAGUGUCUUAGUUAUAUAUGAUUUUGGUCUCUUACAUGUAGUCAUUCAGUCUAUUGCAUUAAUCUGUGGAACAGCUCUAAAAUGCAGUAGUUUCUUAUAAAACAAGGUUUCAUUAGCUCACUCGUCCUGUCCCAUCCAUAUUACUGUUGCACUCUAAUGGUACAUAGGUGUGUUACCGCUAGUCCCCCUGGAGGCGACAUAUCAGGUUUCCAAAAUAAAACUAGACCACGUCAUCUAGACUAUAAGUAUUUUUGAGCAGGGCUAUCUUCAGCUCUUGUAUCUAGGUGUUUUUAGAAAAUGUCAAAAUAUUAUUAUUGACACCUAGAAGAAAAAUUUCUAGCACUUCAUCCUUCCAAUAUUUUUUCUAGUUUGUUUGGUUCUUGAAUGAUGGUUUAUAAAUUGUUUUUGUAAUCUCAUGCUUUGCUUGUGUGUUUUCUAUUUACAGGCUGGAGAUGUGGUGGACUGUGAAAUAGAUGAGCUGGGAGUUAUCAGUAACCAGGUGCUGUGAGGAUUUGCAGGGCACAGCAGACCGUCUCACAUCAUUUCUGUCUAACGAUGACAUUUAUUAGUGAAAGAAAUGAUAUUCAUGAUGAGAAAUUCAAAUUCUACUAAAAUCUACAAAUGAAGUGCACGCACAAAAAUAAAUCUCACACUAACUGAACUGUAAACAACAAAAAUGAUAAUUUUAAGUCUUGUGUUUGCAUCUUGCUUUUUUCAACGUCAGCAGUUUUGAAUAAAUGUGUCUCAAAGAUAGUGAUCUAAAUAUUGGCAAGCUUUAACAACAUGCAAAUAUAACCAUGCCAUGUGAAUUUAACUUAAAUAAUAGCUCAUCCACUCUCCUCAUAAUGUGGUUGACCUGUGAAAGCAACACUCAUAUAUGGUGUCAUGGUGUAAUCUUCUUUGCGAUCUUCAACUCUUCAUAAUUUGUAAACAAAUUGUUGGAUAAAGGAAUUCAGUUUUUUGCAGUUCUCUUUAAGCAGGAAUGUCUCAGAGAUGUGAAGGGUUCCUUCAGGACUGCUUGUGACAAAGACCUGGUAAGGCAAGAGACACACAAGAGUGUGUGUAAAAAACAAAAUCAAAACACAACUAUUUAAAAUUGCAAACUACAAAAUCACUGCAGACAUCUGCUGUUUUCUUUAUAGUAUUGUAACAGAAAAAGUAAAGUUCCAAGCUAAACAUAUGGCUUUAUAAGUUGUUUCCCUUGAAACGUGCAAUUAUGCCACAUAUAUUAGGCUGUUUGCUAUUUUGGAUUAUAAUUUAAAUUUUUGCAACGAAGCAUAAUCAUUACUGCAAAAAUCAGAAAGGUACAUUCCACCAUUUUGAAAAUUGAAAAACACAGAUGUUGCAUAGUGUAGACAAUGGUCAUCAGAUAAGCUAUACAGAAGAUACAAUAUGCCAUCACUGAACUCGAUACAUAGUGGAAGUCAAAAUGUAUCUGUAAAGCAAUGUACAACAACAAGUAUGUUCUGAGAGUCGUUGGUGAACUCACUUUAUCUAGCUAACAAAAUAAAAUUGAAUAUACCUACCUCACACCAAUCUAGCUGUUCUCCCCCAAUACUGGGUCCCAUUUAUUGUGCAGUUUGGUUAACAAAUUGAAUGCUGUGUGAGUCAUAUAUUCCAUUUGACGACAAUUAUCUAUUACACCUUUGAUAUGUGCCAUAUCGGGAAAUCCGUUUUCCAAUGUUUAGAAGGAUAUUAGUUUAUGGGCAUCAUGCAGUACACUCUUUGGCAAAAUAUAUAAAUGAGAAAUUUCUGCCUGAAAUUUUAAUUGUAAGGGCAUAAUCUCCUCUACCAACUGAGAGUUUUCAACUGCUUGUGUAUAAGGGGUCAAGACCACCAUACGUGAAUAAGGGUUCCUUCACUAUCGCACCUUUUCCAACUAUGGGUAACAUAUGGCUCAGUCAGACAGGGGUGUAAUACCACCUGAAUUAAUGUUUACAGAAUAACUCAAUGUGAUUUGUACAACUGGAGAUACAGGCAUGGUUAAAGCAUUGAAAAAACCUUGCCCAGUUCAGUGUCUUUCUUGUAAAAGGGAGGUUUAUGAUAGUAAUAAUAUAAUUUAAUCUGAAAGCAAACAGAAACUGCAUUUGGGGAAUUAAGUGCUUUUAAAUAAGAGCUAGGUCAGUCUCUAAAGGCUAUUGGGGGAGAGAAAAAGAUAAUAUGAUACACUUACAUUUGGCAUGGGCCUAGAACUUCUGCUGCACUUUCUGUGUGGGCUCUGUAACCCCACACCCUGAUACUGUGAGCCAAUGAUGGCUCCUGAAUAGAGAGGCCAAUUGCAUGCCUCCACUCAUGGGCAGCUGGCUCUACUGCCUGAAUGGCAACUCAAUGGUAAUCCACUGAAAUUCCAUCUUAAAGGAAACAGGGCAUGUGCAAAAAAAGAUUCUAUAUCAGUCUUAUAUUUUUUUUCCUUUCAAUUUAUAAUUUUUAUUGGUUUAGUAUACACAUAUGUUGUUGUAUAUGUUGGAUCAGUAUCUGAGAUUAAUAGUAAAACAAGUAAUAUUAGUAACAUCAGGAGCACUGCAAUACAACAGGACGUUUCACCAUAACUGGGGGAAAGGUAAGGUAUAAGGUAUCAUACAGUUUAGUGUGCCUCGUUGGGCUGGGGAGGUAAUGAAGCAGAGAAUAUAGAGAUAUUAGAAAUUAUAAAGAAAACUCUCAUGAACACAGUAUGUCUAUUAACAGGAAGGAUAGUCCUUUGGGUAAUUGGGGUUUGGCUUGUGUCUUCGAGAUACCUUCUCUUGGGUCCCCCUUAAUUAGUUUCCUGUUCAGGUAAUCGCUGUGUAGUUGCAGGCCAUUUAAGAGCGUCUCUGGGUCUUGGUCCGACAUGAGGGUCUUAUCCCCUUGUGGAACCAGUAAGGGUCCUUUCGUGCCCCAUCUGUACCGGACUGAUCGGUCUCUCAGUAGCCUGGCAACUGGAGCCAGCUUGCAUUUUUCUGUGCGGACUGCGAAGGGUAUAUCUCCAUAAAGCGUCACCUCGCUAUUCUCGAACUUGACGCUACCCAGAACUCUGGAACGGGCCAUGAUCGUGGAGCGCACCACUAUGUCUCUUAUCACCACUAGUAUGUCCCUUGGGGAGCUAGCUGCGUGGUUUCUUUCCGAAUCCUGAAUGCCGACAGCAGCAAAGGUGAGCCCUCUUCCACUCUGAUUCCCAUAGUGGUGAACAGCCUCUGGAUAUAGAGCAGUAAUGCUUCCCCACUGACCUCUUCUGGAAUGCCUCUCAGCCUGACAUUCCGGCACCUGUGUCGAGACUCCAUCGAAACCACAGCUCUAUGCAGUCUUUGGACCUCCUGUGUAAGAUCCUCCAGAUUGGUCUCUGUGGCUUUAAUUCUGUCAUCCCUAGCUCUCUCGGCUCCACCUCCUUAACCUUCUGAGUCACGAUGACCAGUUCUCUUUGGGUCUUGUGGAGGUCUGCCUUCCCCACUUUGCAAAGAUCUAGUAGCAGCUUGUUGAUAUCCCCCUUUGUGGAGGGUGUGGAGUCUUCAUCAGACUCUGAUUCCUGAUCGGCUUCACUAUGGUCUUUAGAAGCUGGGGAUUCCACUUCCUUGUGUGACUCCUCCAAGUCUUCCGGCGUGGGUUGCGCCGCGGGCGCCAUAUUGGAAUUUUCUCUCAGAGCAGGCCUCUCAAAGGAGAGUCGGAUAUCGUGGAGUUUGGGGCGCUCAGGUACUCGGAACCUCUUAUUUUUGCGGCCCAUAUUGUCAGCUGGUGGGGACAAUAGGUUAGGCGUUCUCCUGUGUGGGAUUGCCAGGGUUAAUCUUUGUUUUAUCUGUUUCUGUUGCGAAGCUGCACAUGAAAGCAACCGCUCAGUCUGCUAGUCAGCCAAUUUGAAUAAUAAGUAUCCACAUAAGUAUCCAUUCCUAAUACAUUUACACAUACUAUGUUGUUAUUAAACUCUCUUUUAUCUUUAAUUGCUUAUUUGGUUUUAUUUUAUGUUUUAAAGUUAAUUAAUGUUCAGGUCACAUGAUCAGUGACAUCAUCGGACCGUUUUCUUAAAAAAAUUUCUCAGCUAUUUAAGAGUGAAGGUCCCCUACUCUGUAACACUUUGAAAAAGCAUUCUGUAUAGGUGAAACGUGUUAGUGUGCU